UGCCCUCGUCCCACAUAACGGCUACAUUUCUCUCUCCUCCUUCCGCCCCCUCUUUCUCUCCCCUUCUCACUCUUCUGUCUUAACCAAGAUUUCUCUCUCUUCUUUCUCUCCCUCUUCCUCUCUGUAGAUCUCUAGAUCUCUGCAAAAGAUGAAGCACUUCAUGCUACCAAAGAGUGGAGUCUUGAGGGCGAACCCAUCCUCUGAAACUCCGUCUUCUCCAAACCCUUAUUCGCAGAAGCAGAGACCUUCUCGGAGGCAAAAGGAGAACGCUCCACCUGCAGAUCCAAAUGCAUUACCAGAUUCUGCUUCCCCUUCACUUUCGGGGAAGUCGGCAUCCGCUUCCGGAAAGAUCAGAAGCCCUCUUCCGCCUAGACCUCCUUCUUCGAACCCUAACCCUCUUAAAAGGAAGCUCAGCAUGGAAACCGUUCCGGAAAAUAGUGUUCCGUUGUCAUCUGACUCUGGAGUGAAGGUAAUUGUACGAGUGAGGCCUCCGAACAAGGACGAGGAAGAGGGAGAAAUGAUAGUACAGAAAGUCUCCGGUGAAUCCUUGUCAAUUCUUGGACAGACCUUCACAUUUGAUUCUGUUGCAGAAUCAGAUGCGACACAGGAAGAUAUAUUCCAGCUUGUGGGUACCCCCCUUGUGGAAAAUUGUCUGGCCGGAUUUAACAGUUCCAUAUUUGCAUAUGGACAGACGGGUAGUGGAAAAACUUAUACAAUGUUGGGACCUGCCAAUGCCUUGCUGCAUGAAAAUUUCCCAAGCAUCCAAAAGGGGUUAACACCUCGAGUCUUAGAGCAACUAUUUGCACGCAUAAAUGAGGAGCAAGUUAAGCAUGCUGACAAGCAACUCAAGUAUCAAUGCCGGUGUUCUUUUCUUGAGAUUUAUAAUGAACAAAUCACUGAUUUGUUGGACCCAAAUCAAAAGAACCUCCAGAUCAGGGAAGACGUCAAGUCUGGUGUUUAUGUUGAAAACCUGACAGAGGAAUAUGUAUCUACAAUGAAGGAUGUUAGUCAGCUUUUGAUAAAGGGAAUAUCAAACAGGAGAACAGGUGCAACGAGUAUUAAUGCAGAGAGCUCCCGUUCACAUAGUGUAUUUACUUGCGUUGUUGAAUCACGAUGCAAGAGCAUGUCAGAUGGUGUGAGCAGCUUCAGGACAAGUAGAAUAAAUCUUGUUGAUCUCGCUGGAUCAGAAAGACAGAAGCUAACAGGUGCAGCAGGUGAACGCUUGAAAGAAGCAGGGAAUAUUAAUCGAUCUCUGUCACAGCUGGGGAACUUGAUAAAUAUUCUUGCAGAAGUUUCACAAACAGGAAAACACAGACAUAUCCCUUAUAGGGAUUCUAGAUUGACAUUCUUACUUCAGGAAUCUUUAGGUGGAAAUGCAAAGCUUGCAAUGAUCUGUGCAAUAUCUCCUGCACAGAGCUGUAAGAGUGAAACACUUAGUACAUUAAGGUUUGCACAGCGUGCAAAGGCCAUUAAAAACAAGGCAGUCGUUAAUGAAGUGAUGCAAGAUGAUGUUAAUUUCUUGAGAGAAGUGAUACGCCAGCUGAAGGAUGAACUUCUUAGAAUGAAAGCAAAUGGUAAUUCAACAAAUCCUAAUGGAGCUUAUUCAACGGGAUGGAAUGCCCGUAGAAGCUUGAAUCUCCUUAAACUGAGUCUUAACCGUCCAAUGACUGUUGAAGAGGAUAGUGAUGAGGAGAUGGAGAUUGACGAGGAAGCUGUUGAGAGACUUUGCAUUCAAGUUGGUCUUCAGUCUGCAGGUUGUGAAGAAAACAUUAGUCAAGACAAGAAGCUGCAAACUUUCCAGUCAAAUUCUCAACUUGAAUCUUCCGAUGAACAAGCUUGCAGAGAAAUCCAGUCAAAUUCUCAACUUGAAUCUUCCGAUGAACAAGCUUGCAGAGAAAUCCAGCCCAGUGAAGUACCUGGAUGUGUCAGUGAUCAUGCAUCUGAGGAAGCUGAUGUUAACAUGGAAGACUGUCAUGUUGAAGAAAUAGCAUUGGAAGAGACUGGUAAGAAUGAAAUAGGUAUUGAUGUUCUUGGUGGUGAACCUGUUCCUGAUGCUCCACAAUUUUCUAGUCCUGAUGGUCUAAACCAUCAAAAUCAUGCUGAGGAAAAUGACAAGGAAGGGAAUAUGGUUGAUAGAAAUACUAACUUAGUUGAUGUGAGCUCUUCAGAGAAUCCCGUUGAGGAGAAAUUUCCUAUGCCCUCAGUCAAUAAUUCCCCUGCUGAAGGUUCCCAACAGAAACCUGUUGAAGUUGAACCCUCCGCUUUGCCAGAUAGUGAAGGUUCAGUGAGCAUUACAGUUGCAGAUCCGCAUUAUAAUUCUUCCACUAGCUCUCAAAAUUCUGUGCCUCCUUCUAACCUUUGCAUAGUACCUUAUGAUGUGUCUCCAGUGCUUCAAUCACCCACUUUGAGUGUCUCUCCAAGAGUCAUCAGUAACAGCAGGAAAAGUCUUAGGACAUCUUCAAUGUUGUCAGCAUCUCAAAAAGAAAUACAAGAAGAAAGCAAUUCUGGUCCAAAGGCUCUACAUCUGUCUUUUGCACGUUCCUUGAAAAGUGAUACUGUAAAUUCUUCAAGUACUCAAACAAGCAAGAAUUCCCUUACACCAACAGAACACUUGGCUGCAAGUCUCCGACGUGGUCUAGAAAUUAUUGAUAGCCACCGGCAGAGUUCGGCUUUGAGGCACUCCACAUUCAGGUUUACAUUUAAGCCUUCUUUGCAAAUUGACAAGGUUGAUGCUGGUAUACAAACUCUACCUCAAGAUUCUGAGGCACUACAAGAUCCGUCAUUUGUAUGUAAUAAGUGCAAGAAAAGAACACAUGAAGGGGAGUUGAAAGAAGGCAAUGAUUUCUCAGAUAUGCAAUUGGUACCAUUUGAUGGAUCACUGUCCAAUGAGAAAUCUAAGAAGCAAGUUCCUAAGGCAGUGGAAAAGGUCUUAGCUGGAGCAAUCAGACGAGAAAUGGCACUCGAAGAAUAUUGUGCCAAGCAAACUGCUGAAAUUAUGCAGCUGAACCGUCUGGUCCAGCAAUACAAGCAUGAGAGGGAAUGCAAUGCCAUCAUAGAACAAACACGGGAGGAUAAGAUUUUUCGCCUUGAGAGCCUCAUGGAUGGAAUUUUACCCACUGAGGAGUUCAUGGAGGAAGAAUUAGUAUCUCUUUCACAUGAGCACAAGCUUCUGCAAGAGAAAUAUGAAAACCAUCCUGAGGUUUUGAGGGCAAAAAUUGAGUUAAAAAGGGUUCAAGAAGAGUUGGAUGGGUAUAGAAACUUCUUUGAUUUGGGUGAAAGGGAUGUCUUGUUGGAAGAGAUUCAAAAUUUAAGAAGCCAGCUACAAUACUAUUUGGAUUCAUCGUCAUCCAUAUCAGCUCGAAAACGAAGUCCUUUGCUGCAGUUGACCUAUUCAUGUGAGCCCAGUUCAGCACCUUUGUGUGCAAUUCCCAAGUCAAUUGAAGAAAGUGCUGGUGAGAAAUCUGACCAGGGGACUCAUCCUCCUCCAUGCACUCCUCAGUCCAAUGAGGAAAGUGCAGAGGAGAAAUUUGAACAAGAGAGACAACGUUGGACCGAGGCAGAGAGCAAAUGGAUUUCUCUUUCUGAAGAAUUACGGAUGGAACUGGAAGCUAGCCGCUCUCUUGCAGAGAAAAGGAAGCAGGAACUUGAUUCUGAGAAGAAAUGCUCAGAAGAGCUGAAAGAAGCAAUGCAGAUGGCAAUGCAGGGACAUGCACGUAUUCUUGAACAGUAUGCAGAACUUCAAGAAAAGCAUCUUGCAUUGCUUGCAAGACAUCGUAUGAUCCAAGAAGGAAUAGAAGAUGUUAAAAAAGCAGCUGCAAAAGCUGGAGUCAAGGGUGCUGAAUCUAAGUUCAUCAACUCCCUUGCUGCAGAAAUUUCAGCACUAAAAGUUGAAAGAGAAAAGGAGAGGCGGUAUUUAAGGGAUGAGAAUAAAGGCCUUCAAGCUCAACUAAGGGAUACAGCUGAAGCUGUACAGGCUGCUGGUGAACUACUUGUGCGGCUUAAGGAAGCAGAAGAAGCAGUAGCCACUGCCCAGAAGCAAGCUCAAGAUGCAGAGCAAGAAGCCGAGAAGGCCUAUAAACAGAUUGAUAAAUUGAAGAAAAAGCAUGAAAAGGAAGUUGCUAAUCUGCACCAGGUCUUGGAAGAGUCUCGUCUACCUAAAGAAGCACUUAGACCUACUUAUGAUGAUUCAAAUAUAGUCAAAUAUGAUGAAGGUGAGUGCCUCAGCAUUGGUGGUGAUCAACGAUGGAGGGAGGAGUUUGAUUUCUACCAGGAAGAAGAUGGUGAACUCUCAAAACCAUGGUUCUCUGGAUACGACCGAUGCAACAUAUAGAAGAAAUGUAUGAUCAAAUUGUGUAUGUAAUAGUAAUAGUUUGUUAUAUAGUUUUCUAUCAAUGGCUGUAGUAGCAAUUAUUGAUCAUUCCUUUGGGUGAUACGCAUCUGUUCUCACCAAUUGUGAGGACCAAUGAAAUGGGUAGAUCAGAGGAAAUGGUGUAGUGAAUGAUUCUUUCAUUUUCUAUCUUUUCAAGUUAAAGCACAACUUGUUUUCUUGUUACUAGAGUUGGAAACAAUUUAGAAUAAUAUAUAUUCUUUUGAGCAUUUUGAUCCAAUGAGAUCCUUACAUGAGA